AUGGAUCCUUCAACGGAACCAUGUUAUGCAGUGACUUGCAUAGCCUUUGCUGCGAGUACGUAUCUGCUUUCAAUAAUAGUUGCUAUUUUCGGCAUCGAAGGAAGCAGAAGAGCCUCCAGUGACCAAAAAACAUCUAAAGUUCUAUUCUGGUUCCACCAUAUUCUGGGGAUAGUUGCUUUUCUUGCACUUAUUCUGUCGCUCAUAUUUAUGGCGAGCAAUGUGCUAAAAGUAUGCGCUGGCUUAUAUUCAAGUGGGCUGACCUUUGCGAUCAUACUGAUCGGCACUUGUCUUUCUCUGGUGCUGCUUUUGCUGUCCUUGAUAUCUGCCGUGCGGGCGCGCCAGGAUCUGCGGAGUAUCGAGUAUAGGCAUGCUACUUUUUACUGA